GCGUGACUUUGUGCCUCCUCCAUCCAGGGGCUGCUGCAGGAAUUGCAGAGCCUGCGCCGGGCGAACUUUGCAGGGGGGAGGCGAGAGGGCGAGGGGGAGGGCUCUCGGUCCCCCUGGGAGCCCCCACCCCAGCGCGACACCCACCCGCGGCAUGGCGAGCCCCCCUCCUUGCAGCCGGGCACGGGGAUCCUUUAAGGGGAGGGGGCAGCGCCUGGAAGGGUCGGCCAGGGGAUGACUCGGGAUUGGGCCGCUGGGACAGCCGCGCUGCUGCUGGGCACACUAAAAGGGAAGCACCUUUCCGCUGGCUCGGGGGGGAAACUUCUCGCAACUUUCGGCCGCUUGUCCGGCGUGAGCGCGCUUCCUCCCCCCGCUUCCUCCACCCCCACCCCUCCCCAUCAGUGCUCCCGGCGUGGAGUUAACUAGGAUGGUGGUGCACAACGCCGGCGCUGGCUUGCUGCUGAACUGCCUCCUCCUCCUGCUGGCUGGAGCGAAGCAGAGCCGGGAUCCCGCUGCAACCAGCUGCGAGCUCCACAGGAAACAAAGUGAGCUGAACUCCUUCCUGUGGACUAUAAAGAGAGAUCCGCCAUCUUACUUUUUUGGCACCAUUCACGUCCCAUAUACUCGGGUCUGGGAUUAUAUCCCUGAUAAUUCGAAGAAAGCAUUUCAGCAGAGCCAUAUUAUCUACUUUGAGCUGGACCUCACUGAUCCCUACACAAUCUCUGCUCUAACCAGUUGCCAGCUCCUGCCACAGGGCGAGAACCUUCAGGAUGUGCUCCCCAGGGACAUCUAUCGUCGGCUCAAGCGUCACCUGGAAUAUGUCAAGCUCAUGAUGCCUUCAUGGAUGACUCCAGACCAACGGGGCAAAGGGCUGUAUGCUGACUAUCUCUUCAAUGCUAUCGCAGGGAACUGGGAGAGGAAAAGACCAGUGUGGGUUAUGCUUAUGGUGAAUUCUUUGACAGAGGUGGACAUCAAGUCACGUGGUGCACCUGUCUUGGAUCUGUACCUGGCCCAGGAAGCUGAGCGCCUUCGAAAACAGACUGGGGCAGUGGAAAAAGUAGAGGAACAGUGCCAUCCAUUGAAUGGUCUGAAUUUUUCUCAGGUGAUCUUUGCUUUGAACCAGACUCUUUUGCAGCAGGAAAAUCUCCGAGCAGGCAGCCUCCAGAUUCCUUAUACAACCGAGGAUCUGAUCAAGCAUUACAACUGUGGAGAUCUCAACUCCAUCAUCUUCAAUCAUGACACUUCUCAAGUCCCAAAUUUCAUCAACGCCACUCUGCCACCUCAGGAACGCAUCACUGCUCAAGAGAUUGAUAACUAUUUCCGCCAGGAGCUUAUCUACAAGCGGAACGAGCGGAUGGGCAAGAGAGUGCAAGAUCUACUAAAAGAGUAUCCUGACAGAAGUUUUUUCUUUGCGUUUGGAGCUGGUCAUUUCAUGGGCAACAACACAGUGAUUGAUGUUUUGAGAAGAGAAGGAUAUGAGGUAGAACACACUCCUGCGGGACAAAUCACCAACAGUGGGAAGAGUCAGAAAGCACUGUCCGCCCUCUCAUCAUCUCCCCCGGAAUAUGCCUCCUACAUCAUCUCCCAGGAGCUCAGCCCUCCCCAGCCAUAUCCACAGGAGGAGGAGGAGGAGGAAGAGCAGGCGCUCUUGCCUCACUUGCUGCUUCCAGAAAGCCUUGACCUGCUGGAGAAAGUAGACAGGAAAUACAAAAAGAAGAAAAAGAAGCAUCAGAAAAAGCAGCGCUUGCGCCAGUUCAAUGACCUCUGGGUACGCAUCGAGGAAAGUGCCACAGAUCCACCUCCUCGGAUUCGCAUCAUUAAUGGAUAUAUUACUGUAGAGCCCCAGCCUCGGGGCCAUGGGCAAUCCAGUCACAUCCAGUCAGACACCAGCCGUUCUGGGGGGCUGUUUCUGUCCCUCCCCGCCUUGACAAUGACUUUGGUGUUGCCUACAGUGAUGAUGCUGACGCUGGAGUGAACCAUCUGCUGCUGAACUGCAUCCUCCUCUCCUAAAGGAUCUGGGGAGCAGGGAAUGAGGAGAGAAUGACUCCUCCUGUGAAUGAGAGUUCACUUCUGUGGAAUGAUUUUUCUUUAAGGCCUCAUCCUUUUCCUGAAUCUCGACCAUUAACAUGAUUAACUGGUUUGACUAUGCUCAGUACAGGAGAAGAUAUUCUUAAUGAAAGCCAUUAUUUAUCCUUCUCUUGCAGAAGAAUUAUUUCAUGAUAUCCCAUAAUGCUUUUGGGAGAUGUAUAUGUAACAUAGCUGCUAUUUAGCUGUAUGAAACUGAUUUGGAUUCAGUUUGCUUGGGGUUUGUUGUCUCUUGUCUGAUGCUGAAGCAAACUUUGAACGCCACAAAGCAAGCGCAAUGAGCUUCAAAAGAAUACUUUGAUCACAGCGGUACUACCUUGAAGCGCUGCCUGUCUCUUAGAACAUUAUCAUCAUUACAUACUUCAGUGUCAGUGCCUCAUAUUCUACUUUCCGCUCCCCCUGGUAGAAUUUCCACUGUUGUUGUUUUUAAUUUGCCCUGCUGCUUCUGUACUUUUAACAGUCCAUUGUCACAUACAAAGAUGUAGCAGAUGAUAUUUCCCCACCACUUGGCCUCCAUACCAGGAAAAUCUUCAUCUUUUAAAUUUUGGUGUGUUUGACCUCCUGGUAGAUAUCCAGGAGCAGGACCAGAGAAAAAAGUGUAAGCCCUAAGCUCAGACUUGUUGAAAAUUUCCAGCUCUGGCAACUCAAAAGCUUGCUGUCUUUUCCAACAUAUUUGGUUGAAUUUAAGGUAUCAAUAAAACCAUUUUAACGUCUUUGAAA